GCUGUACGGACUCACUUCCUUCGAAUACGCUGGUGGCACUACUCGAACAGGAGACGUCCGAGACCGUCUGCACAAAGUGAGAAAGCUCUGCUGCUUUUGUUGUUGUUGUUGUUGUUCUAACCAACUCCAACUAUUCUGAAAGCAGAGUCUCGCGUGUGGCCCCCUCCAAAUAUAUCGAUUAUUAUAUUACUUUAUGCGUUUUAGCUACGCAACUACGCGUACGAUCUUGCGAGCAAGAAUUUACCGGUUGAAAAAUGCGUCGCUUUCAGCGCUGCACUCUUAUGUCCGCUGUCACCGCUCGCUUCUUCGACAGCGGAGAGCGCUUUGGUAAGGAGUUGGGCUUUGGCCACAAAAUGCGCGACAUUCCGGUGUUGACCGGCAACCCCCGUCCUGUGUCGCGCGAGGAGGCGUGGCGAUGCGCCUACAAGCUCAGUGACCGAAUGGAGUUCGUUGUGCGGGACAUCCUCACGAAGCAGAACUGGAGCCCCGUCGAGGUCGAUCGCGAGGUGGCGCAAAUAUUUGAGCGGAAGGAGCUCGGCAGUCGCUCCUCGCUCAACGCGUGGUCCACCGUCGAGGAGUUCCAACGCACGCCGUGGUAUCGACGUUACAAGCCGACAGAUGACACGGUAGCGAAGUUUAUCUCGUAUGAAGCGAUGAAGCUGCUCGAGGCGGCCUUGAUUCCGCCCUCUCUCCGCGUCGAUCCGUAUGCACAUCUGCGAAAGCGACACAUGGAGGACAACUGGAUGAACGACAAGUUUUCCGAGGACUCGGCCAAGUACAUCACGCGAGAAAAGCUGGCUCAGCAAACGAAAGGCAUGCCGCAGUAUGGUCAGAUAAGCCGGCGUAAGUUUCUGGAGUUCGAGAAGAAGUUUAGGAGUAUGAACGGGUCGAACAAGCACGUCAACGAAGUGUACGCAGCAUGGCUUAGCUCGCUAGGCGAACCUUCCUCUGAAAAGUGA